GUACAAAGUAAAAGUACUUCAUUGUAUUUUAGCAGUAGACUCACUAGUAGAGUCCAACAAACCCGUCUUAUUAAGAACUUAUGGCAGAAUAUAACGCUGAUCAAAGAUAUAUGUCAAACGUGAAUACUUGUACUAGAUAAGUAAUAGUACUUAGUAAAGAGAUUACUCCAAAUGUUUCUUAAAUCUGAAUUUCUACAUGUAUGGCCGCCAUUCCAGUGUGGUGUUAUCUUAUGAGAGGGGCACAAUAAACACAGGUUAAAAAAGACAAAGACAAUCUGUGUUGUUGUUUGCGUGGAACAAACAUAAAAUACAUUUGGUAUUUAUUUCGGUAUCUUUAAGUCAAGGUUCUGUGUUUCAGUAACAACAUUGAUUCAGCAGUUGUUUUUUUCCCAUCUACAAUCCCUCUUUUAGUAACUAAGUUACAAUUGUAUUAAAUUACAUAAACAGUAUUUGCUGCAACACUGAGUAUAAGUUAAUGAACAGUUCAGCCUCUGCUGAACUUAAGGAUCUCUGCAUCCCAGGCUGGGGUUUGCUCUUUCACAUCUCAGCAACAAUAUCCUGCCAUUUUUGAUGAUUUUUAGUCUCUGAGCGGCUGGGUUUUAAUCUAACUUGAAGUAAAAACGGAUGUGUUGUUUUUUUCCUGCGUGCUACAGACGGCCAGUGGCCCCUAAGGGGUCCGACUAAAAUGCCGAGUUACAUUAGUUCCACCUAUCGCGCCACUGAUAUAGCAAUAAAUAGUCAUUUUAUUAACUAUUCUUUGGGAGGGGUUCACAGGGGGGUCCUAGGUCAGUGUUUACCCCCCCCCCCCCCCAGAACCUCCCCUGAGUGUUAUACAACUGAAGUCUCAGUGGUUUCACUGAUCUGAACCACUAUCUAAAGCAGUCACGUGAUAAGACAGUCAGCGAGGCUUCGGAUAACUUCGAUGACGUCACUGGCAACAUGUCGACCUGGGCAAGAUACCUAAACCUGAGUUGCUCCUGAUGGCCAACCAUGUGUGAAUGUUGGAUUCCUAGAAGUGGCACACUGCCCUGCAUGAAUGUGGUGUGAAUGAAGAUGAAACAGAAGAAAAGAGAGGAGAACAUCUCCAUGCAAACCAACAACACCAUGAAGAAGAAGAGGAGGAGGGAGGAAGAGGAUGUCUGUCCUCCUGCUGCUGUACAACACCAUGACGAGGAGGAGAAGAAGGACAAGAGAAAGAAAGAUGUGCUGGGAAAGGAGAAGGAAAACACAAGCAACACAGCAACAGCAGCAGAAAGAGAGCCCACCACCACGCAAACCAACAACAUCAUGAAGAAGAAGAAGAAGAAGAAGAGGAGGGAGGACGAGGAGGUUUGUCAUCCUGCUACUACACAACACCAGGAGGAGAAGAAGAAGAGGAGAAAGAAAGAUGUGAUGGGAUUAAAGGAGAAGGAGAAACAGACUCAGAAGACGAGCAGCACAGUAACAGCAGCAGAAAGAGAGCCCACCACCACGCAAACCAACACCAUGAAGAAGAAGAAGAAGAAGAGGAGGAGGGAGGAGGAGGAGGACGAGGUCUGUCCUUCUGCUGCUGCACAACACCAGGAGGAGAAGAACAAGAGGAGAAAGAAAGAUGUGAUGGGAGUAAAGGAGAAGAAGGAGAAACAGACUCAGAAGACGAGCAGCACAGUAACAGCAGCAGAAAGAGAGCCGUUGGACUCUAAACUGGUGGAGGAGCUGCAGGAGUUUGUUCCAGACAUCAAGAAUAAAUCUGCCGAUCUGAUCAGAAAACUGCUGCGAUACGACCUGCACCGCUUCAAAGCCUUCAAACAGCAAGGUGUGAGUCUGCGCUCCGGCCGCUGCUCUCAUCAGGAGAACCAGCGAAUCAGACAGAACAUGAAGGACUUCCUCUCUCUCACAAGCAUCAGCUCGGCCAAUCUGUUGCUGUUCCCACGCCGAUACAAGAACCAGGAAGUGGAGAUCAGAAAACUGAGAGCACAACAUCGUUUCCUAGAGAAGAUUGCUGAGGGGAUUCCUCGCACUUGUCAUCAGGUCUAUAUCAGAGCCAGGAAGAUGUUUGAUGAACGGAACUACAAUGGGAGGUUUUCGAAGGAGGAAGUACGCUGUCUGAGCAAGCUGCAGACUCUGCACGGGAACGACUGGUCGAAGAUCGCCGAGAAGAUGGAUCGCAGCGCGUACUCGUUACAGAAACGCUUUGCACACAUCGCUGUAGGACAGGGUGCGUGGAGCAUAGAGGAGGAGUCCAAGUUGAAGUCUGCACUGAAGGCUCACCUGGAGGCUCUGGCUGGGGCUUCUGCUGGUUCUGCUGGUUCUGAAGGUCCUAGUCUAACCAGAGACCAGCUGUGUAACAACCUGCCCUGGAAGGAGAUCAGCCAGCAGGUGGAGACCCGGUCUUGGACCCAGUGCCGCCUCAAGUGGUUCUCCCUGCUGAAGGGGAAGCUGGCCUCAGGUGUGAGCACCUUCAACAGAGGACCUGAAGGACUGGAGGCUAAAAUCCUGCUCAUCAACACGCUGUACAACAUGCGUGUGGAGGACGUGUGCGACGUCGACUGGGAUGAGGUCGCUAAUACUGUCGGGAAGGUGACUCCUGUGUGUGUUCAGAAGAGUUUCCACAGACUGAAGGUUUCCAAAGUGCCCCACUGGAGCCACCUGUUCUACGGAGAGAUCAUAGACUUCCUGCACCUGAGGGUGACUCCUCUCCUGCAGGAGCAGCUGAGGAAGAGUAGGAGCGGACAGGAGGCUCAAGAGGAGGCGCAUCAGGAGAGCUGCUACCUGCUUUCCAACAUCUUCUCUCAGGACGACUUCUUGGAGCUGGACAACAGUCAGCUGACCACAGGCCAAUCACAGCGCUGACCGCUGGAGGCCCCCCCCCCAAGAUCUGACUGCAGAACUCAUUUCCUGUCAUUAAGAUCCUUUCCUGUCACAAAACUGUUUUGGCAGCAUGUUCUCAGAACUUAUUUUUUUAAAUAUUGGAGCAAGGAGAGCGUUAAAUAAAAAAGUGGUUAAUAAACACAAGCUGUAUAACAUUUC